AUGUCACAGCGCCGUCAAUUUUCCAGUUGCGAUCCAUGCCGUCGCUCCAAGCGACGCUGCUUUGUCGCCUCUCCCCGAGGAGAGAAAUGUGCUAAUUGCCAACGUCUAGGCCAUGCAUGCACCUUUGACUUUGCCAGAUCUCGGAGGGUAAAGCCCAAGCAAGACCUAGUGCGGCCUUCCCCAUCGACAAACAGCAAUGAGCUACCACAGAUUCCACUUCUAGGCUUUGGUAGUCCUGAUGGUUACUAUCAAGCCGGUACCACGCCCCCCGGGGAUACCCUGGUCCCGGGGCUCAACCUCAACGAAGGCCAUGAUACACAGAAGAGCCAUGACGAUAUCAUGGACCUCUAUCUGGUGAACCGACUGGCGUCGGAAUUUGUGCCUUCAGUGCAAGUAUCAAACGAGGUGCAAACGUCCGUUCGCAGCAGUCUGACGGACAGAGUGUCCUACGCGAUGCCGUUACUUGCUGGUAGUUCACUGACGAGUCCUGUCCGCCUGCUGAAUUCCAAGCUGGAUGCAACAAUCUUAGAUGAUCGCCUGGCAAAGAUUUAUCACGCGAUCAUCACGGGAUGUGCUUCCCGGUUUGUGGAUUACGACUGCAAUUUGUAUGCAACGGCGUCACGCUACCGACUGGAAGGUUGGAGUGAACAGCCCUCGCAAAGACAUACGCCUGCAACUUUGGAUAUUUCUACAAACACUUCUUUUCCGGACACCCCAGCUUCGAAUACUCCGCUGCAUGCCAUAUCUUCUCCGGAUUCAGGGAUGCCAUUAAACGAUCUCUCCUGCACUUUUACUGUGAUCGGGGCCGUCCGUUUCCUUGAUCAUUUCGCGGGUCUCUACGGCAAUCGCAUCAGUGUGACUGCACGUAAGCAGUCUGAUGCUGCAUUGAAAUCAGUGCUUCGCACGUUCUCCCUUCAGUGGCUGCCUACCGAGAGUGUGUUAGCCGCUGAUAGUAUCUUGCAGGACAAUGUUUAUGGGAUACCCACGAACGAGGCAUCCCAGAACGCAUUCUACGAUUCUUGGUUUCAGACACGGGAAAUUCUUGAACAGGCGCAAUCAGUCCGGUCGUUCAGGGUUGUCUAUGCCAUUUUGCUUUUUGGUGGCAUUACCAUUCCGACUAAAGCUCCAGUCGAGUCAACACGCGAGUUCCUUGACAGCGGCCUGCAAAGCCUUUGUUCUCUGAAUGAGCUUGUUAGGAAACAUUGUACUACUCUGGGUACUCACUCUAUAUACAGUGGUCUGCUGGAAGCCAGUCUGAAUGCUGUGCAUUGGGGCGGAUACAUCCGUGACCUUGGGGCGUCGCUCACCACAAAUCGUCCAUGCAGACUUCCUAUUCCGGGUCACAGUAAAGUGCUUUUCAGUACCGGCUCGAUCAUGUCCACAUUCGACUGGUCGAAUAACCAAAAUUUCCCUCCCGGUCAGGAUGACAUCCCAAAUAUUUGCAAGAAGGCAGUCGCGGAGGCGUUUUAUAUAUGCAGGCAGAUAGUUGAGGUCAAAAAUUUACUACACUGUGAUCAUUCUUUGGCUGGCAUAGAGGAUGUCACCUCAACAGUGGCAGCCGUGAGCAAAUUCGACCAACAGUUCCGCCCGUUCAUUGAUUACUGCAUCGACAACCUGGAGUGUCUUUCAUUACACUCUAGAACAGCUUCUGUCUCGCUCGUAUUAUUCUGGGAUCUGAGCAUCCUCAUCCUAGCCGAGGCGUUGGCUCUCAGCAGGCAGAGCAUUGACGACACUAUCAUCGCAAGUAUGGGCUCAUAUCAGGCCGAGGCAGUCGCAUCGGUCACAAAGACCGUAGAACGCGUACUGUCGCUACCGCCAGACUCUGCCUUCAAUCUUGCAAACGGUCUUGAUGCUGAAGUCCCUCUCGUUGCCUAUCACAUUACCCCGAGUUUAACGGCAAUGGUCUAUCAAAAGACCAUCGAAACUUUGAUGGACUCUCAGCAAUCACCGCUCCAUACCGGAGAGACAGCCGACGAAGUUUGGCAACGGCAGAUUGAUAUCGUGCUGAAAGGCCUCAGCUCACUCGGUGAGACCGUCGGCGGAUCCGAGGCGGCCGCAAGAGUUUUGCAGUCAUUAUUGCCGCGAUAUGGGGAUAUACUGUCUGAGUGCUGGACUUCUGAUUUCAGCACUUGA